AUGGGUCUGGGGCCAGAAGCAACUACAGCUGGAUCUCUGGAAGUAGCCACAGGAGCUUCUUACUGCUACAGCUGCCAGGCUGCACCACCUCCCCAGCCCCUGGGGCUGCCGCCUACCACACCAGCCUCUCACCCAGAUCCAGCAGAGGCGGAGAUCCUGCGCACCCGCGACCCGGCGCUGCUGGCCACCUGCGAUGUGGUGGUGGACGUGGGCGGCGAGUAUGACCCGCAGAGACACCGCUAUGACCAUCACCAGACGUCUUUCUCCGAGUCCAUGAGCUCCCUGCGGCCCAGGAAACCGUGGCGGACGAAGCUGAGCAGCGCGGGACUGGUCUAUUUGCACUUUGGCCAGAGGUUCCUGGCCCAGCUGCUGGACACCAGCAUAGAUGACCGAAUUGUGGAUACUUUUUAUGACAAGAUGUAUGAAUAUUUUGUGGAGGAAGUAGAUGCGGUAGACAAUGGGAUCUCCCAGUGCGAGGGAGGAAAGCCUCGAUAUGCCCUGACCACCACUUUGAGUGCUCGGGUUGCCCGGCUUAACCCUACCUGGAACCAGCCAGAUCGGGACACAGAGGCCAGCUUUCAUCGUGCCAUGGAGCUAGUACGUGAGGAGUUUCUACAGAGACUGGAUUUCUAUAAGCACAGCUGGCUACCUGCCCGUGCCCUUGUGGAACAAGCCUUGGCAAACCGAUUCCAGGUGGACCCAAGUGGAGAAAUUAUAGAGCUGUCUCAAGGUGGCUGUACCUGGAAGGACCAUUUGUUUGAUCUUGAACCUGGGCUGACCCCCUUAGUGCCCAUUGCAUUCGUGCUCUACCCUGACCAGAAUGGACAAUGGCGGGUACAGUGUGUGCCAAAAGAGCUUCACUCUUUUGAGAGCAGGCUGCCCCUGCUUGAGCAAUGGCAGGGUCUUCGGGAUGAGGCCCUGGACCAGAUCAGUGGGAUCCCUGGCUGCAUUUUUGUUCAUGCCAAUGGCUUCAUCGGUGGGCUACACACCAGAGAAGGUGCCCUGAGUAUGGCCUGUGCCACUCUGGCCCAGCGCCUAACACCUCUGCCUUCUGAUGUCUCUCAAUAAAAUUUUCAGUACAGUGAAAAAAAAAAA